AUGUUUUAUUAUUUGAGUGUUUGAAACUUAGACAUGACGUCGUUUGGAGCCAUUUGAAACGAAGCACGAUUCGACAGCGUUUAUCCUGAGGCCGAGCUAUUCGGAACACUGCUGCAGAGCAACGUCUUGCUUACCGGGACAUGGCAGGAAGUCAAGCAUUUUAACCAGACAAGAUCCCUGAUAGCCAGAGGGCCUCCGGCUGCAGCAAAGAUACAUGAAGACUUCCCAGAAUCCAGUGUGAACGCGAACAACAUGAGGCUUCCUCUACGCUGGGCAGCACACAGAUGUGUGUUUGUGGUAUGUGUGGUUUUAGGUUUGCUGGGCUUGGUGAUGGUCUCUCUCCCACUAAAUGGAAAACGGGCCAAGAUUCCUCUGAACUGGCACGUGAGCGGUGUACAUAAAAGGCUGGUGCAUGAGCAUGUGCACAAAGUUCUAGAGGCGCAGUGUCAGCCCGGCCACACUCGGAAGAACUUGUUAACUCGACUCCCUGCUUCCAGCCAUGCGACUCAGCCCUUCUUGUGGAAGGAUGUGCCCCUCCCUGAUCAGCUUUCCCUGUAUCCACCUCCGUUUGGGUUAAAAGGCGUUGGCAGCAAAGUGGAGGAUGUUCUGAAGCUGCUGGAAAACUCUCACUCUGCUCAGCCAUCAGAUAAAUGUCGGCACUGUUUGGUCAUGGGGAACGGAGGCAUACUCAGAGGCCUGGAGCUCGGCCGCCUGAUAGACAGAUUUGACACCAUCAUCAGGUUAAACAGUGGUCCCAUGGGAGAGUUCAGUGUCGAUGUUGGAAAUCGAACCAGCAUCAGAAUGAGUUACCCAGAAAGCACGCCGCUCCGCUGGGUGGAUACAGACCCUCACACUCUGUUUGUUGCUGUGGUAUAUAAAAGUGUGGACAUCAGGUGGUUGUCUGCUAUGAUCAACAAGCACGCUGUGUCUCUGUGGAACAGAUUAUUCUUUUGGCAGAAGGUUCCAAAUCAAAUCCCCCUUGAGCUGCGGAGUUUCAGACUUUUAAACCCACAUGUCAUCAGAGAGACGGCAAUUGACCUGCUGAAGUACCCUCCACCCAGACCACGCCUGUGGGGCUGGGACCAGAAUGUGCCGACCCUGGGUGUCUCUGCGCUGAACUUAGCCAGUCUGUUGUGUGAUGAGGUCAGCCUGGCAGGCUUUGGCUACAACCUCUCCCAGCAGGCGGCGCCACUGCACUACUACGACCACCUCCCCAUGAGUGCCAUGCUGAACCAGAAGAUGCACAACGUGGACAGAGAGACAGAGUUCCUACAGGGCCUUGUGAGAGAGGGAACCAUCACUGACCUGACAGGCGGGAUUCACUGCUCCUUCUGCUCGAGCUGACCUCCUGACCUCUGAGUAAGAACGGUUGCUUUUCAAGAACAAGGUGCAUCCUGUCUGGAUAAAUACAAAGCAUCGACACGACCAACGUAUAUGCAGGAGAAGGAAGGAAAUGGAUGAGAGAAAAAACUUAGCAUGAAGUCUGAAUCUAGUCUUAAUUCCUAUAAUAUUGCUUCUUGAAGAACAAAGGACAUAGAAACAACAAAAAAGCAACUGUUGCAAUAUUAUUAAUACCUAAUGUUUGUUAUAUGUGUGUGGUCCUUGAGACAUCUACUGUAUCAGGCACCACCAAAGAAGGAACAGAACAGUUUUACGUGCUUGGGGGGGUUUGUGUCUGUCUGUCUGUCUGUCUGUGGACGGAUUUGUUACUGCAAUAGCGUCAAAACUGUGCAAGAUAAAGUCACUGAAUAUCACAAUUCAUUUUGGUCAAAAUGAAGGCAGAGUUCAGAUACAUGUACUCUCUAUAAACAGAUUCUACAUGUGAAUGUGCAAAAUCUUUCUGCAAAGGACAAGAUUGGGGGGCAUGAAGCCUUCUGUUUUUUUGUUUCUAGAUUGACCAGACACAUGUCAGCAGGAUUUAGUUCCCCGCAGAUAAAUAGUCCUUGUGGAGAGCAAAAGAGGUGUAACACAUGGACUCUCUGCUUUAUAAUUUAUCCGUGUUAUGAGAUGAGCCAAAAUGUUGUCUGGACCUAAAACACCCUUGUAUUUUGGUUGGAGAAACAUUCUACUUGUUUGAUAAAGAGAUCUGUUGGACUGUUUAAGGCAGACCGCAGUCUUGGCCCUGAUAUCAGCUGUCUACACAAGUACACCCAUAAUAUUGGCUGUUUCCCCCAGAGGCUACUUACACAUUAAGCGAUGGGCUAGAUUGAGAUGGAACUCAGUGCUCAUUAUUAUAGUCUAUGUUUAUUAUGGACCCCAAACUGUACCUUUUGCAGAUAGUAUACACCAUGGGUUCAGACCUUGUGCUGUCUGUCCCUAGGGAUCCAAUCACAAGUGCACUGUUCCACAUUCUUCUGUACACACCAACUUCUCCUGUGACCACUGCUCUUUCUGCAAAUACAGAUGUACACAUUUUUUAUUUCUGUUUGUAAAGACCAAAUAUUGUUUUUAUCCAGCCUUUUAUCAAUAGGUUUGUGUUGGGAGGGGCUGAGUUAAUAUGUUCUUAUUUGCAGCUGUACAAUGAUAUAAGAUUUUUACCCAAAUACAAAAUCAAUAUGUGGUUAAUAUCAGUGUUAAAGAUGCAGCGGUGUCCAAAAAUAAUUAUGGUUUGUUGUAGUGGGUUAAAGACGUCAGCUGAGUUGAUGGUCCUCCAUAUGUGACCAAGGAGGCACUCAGGACGGAUUUUAACACCAGGGCUGAACGGGGUCACCCACUUCUGAAUUUGAGACUUUUUUUCACUACUUGUUUUGACACUCGCAACUUUAUUUAGCAGUCUUCCAAUGGAGCUGGUCUAUGAGAAAAAAGAUUAAGUUUAUCCUUCAUUUUUUUAAAUUGAUGUAAAGUUUGUAUCAUUUUAUUGUUUGUCAUUUAGUUGAUGAUAUUUCAGCUGAACACAUACUUAUGUGAUGACUUUUAAAAUGCAUAUGGAUCCAUGAUUUAUUCCUGAAGCCUUACAUUUCCUCAUUGUCAUUUGACAUCAAGGAGUUCUUCAUUUGCUUCCUUUUCAAGCGAGAUGGUCAGUUCUUGUUACGAGUGUCGAAGACCAAAUACAACUGACACCAGGACGGGCAAAUUAUAAAACAGAUCGGAUAUAAAGAUCUGUUUUAAAAUUGACAAGAAACUUAGUCUUAAAUUAAAUGGACAAUAAUUUGUCUGUGUGUGACCAGCAGAAUGAAAUGAAUGCACCGAUCUGCAAGACGACUCAAAAGCUCCAAGAAAGACAAAUUCUCUGAUGUGGUGUUCUUUUUUUGUGAUUGUCAUCUCCUUCUAUUUAUUGCACUUUUGUUAGAUGUUAUUUUUAUCACUGCACAUCCACUGGAAAUAUAUGAAUUAUUACACUGUGAGUAAAUGCUUUAUUUGUGCAUGA